AUGUUCUACGCCCCCAUCCAUGGGUGUAUCGAGGACCUCUACUGGAGGCUGUGGGUCGAGGCGAACGACGUCGAGACGUCCCGCUCCGCGGUAGGUAGUCGGGGCGAGGCGUUCAAGACAGGACGGACGGACCGGGGCGAGGCCCCGAUGGAAUCCGCGAUCGUAGUUGGCUGGCAGGCCAUCAUGAAGGCAAUCCUCCCGACUGCCGUUGAUGGCGACUUGCUCAAGCUGGUCCACCUUUCGAUCGGGUUCCGACGUCGUCGAGGCGGCGCUGGGGAGAUCGUCGAGUUUGCGAAGCGUGAUGACGUGCCCGUUCUCGAGGUCCUGUCGUCUUUCUUGUGCCGUGGUCGUUACUCCGACUUAUUGUGCUCGCAAGCGUUAACACCAGCCGCGCCCCGCAGGCGGACGAGUGCGCACGGUAAGCUGCUGCCUCCCUACGCGUUUUUCGAGGGCGCCGAGCGUGCGGUUGAGUGGAGCCCAACAUCCCGCACCUUGCACGCCCUCGCCGGGCGCUGGCUCCUGAGCACCCUUAGCUGA